AUGAAUCUAGAUUCCAUCCAUCGAUUGAUUGCAGAAGCACAAACCUUCCAGAUGCAGCGAUCAUCACUGAAAUCUCCUUGUGACAUGCUAUUGCCUGCCUCACCCACCACGGAGACCUGCCACUCCUAUCUGCCAUUUCAUGGGUCACAGUCACUUGCCACCCAAGAUGUCUGUGCUCACUCCCACAACACCAACAGAUGGGACAUUAGUGAAGAGCUUCGCCUGAGGGAACUGGAAGAAGUCAAGGCCAGAGCUGCUCAGAUGGAAAAGACCAUGCGAUGGUGGUCAGACUGCACCGCCAACUGGAGAGAGAAAUGGAGCAAGGUCCGAGCGGAAAGGAACAGUGCCCGGGAGGAAGGACGACAGCUGCGGAUAAAGUUAGAGAUGGCAAUGAAAGAAUUGAGCGCACUGAAAAAGAAACAAAGAUUGCCUCACGACAAAGAGGUGUCAGAAGUUAAAGUAAGCCAGGACCUGAAGAGUCCUGCCUUCUUAGAAGUCUCUUGUGCACACAAAGACCAAUUUCAGGAAGGAGGCAUGAUGAUCGAUCCAUUAAGAUUAAAUGAGACUAGGAAGCUUAAUCAUGAUUGUUCUGAUUUAUUCAAUAAUAGUACUUCUAGAAACUCUGUAAUGAAGCCUGGACUAGGAUGGCGUGUGAUCAGUCUGCCUUUGGAGAAUGAAGUACCUGAAGCAUCAACUUUGCAGGUGCCUUCGGAUGAGUUCAAAAGUAUCUUAGGGAAAGAAAAAGAAAUGCGCUCAUCUUUGGAAAAGGAAAUAGAACGACUGGAAUCAGCUUUGUCUCUGUGGAAAUGGAAGUAUGAGGAACUGAGAGAUUUGAAGCCACAAAAUGCCAAAGAGAUUAACAUUUUUCACAGUCAACAUGAAAAUGAAGUGGAAGGAAUAUCAAGAGAUGUAAAAGAAGGAUCAAAAUCUCAAAACAGCAAGGACAGAGAGAUCUCUGAGCUAAGAACAGAGCUAGAGAGAUUGCAGGCUGAGCAUACCUUGGAGUGGGACCAGAGGGAAAUACUUGAGACAGACAAACAAGGACUGGAGAGAGAAAAUAGAAGGCUAAAGGUACAGCUGAGAGAAUUGGAGGAGCUGUUGGACAGAAGAAAUAAAUUCAGUGCAAACUCUCAAGGUCCUGAUUUCAAGAUGCCACAAAUUGAACUGCAGGGAAAAAACAAGGAACUAUGGGAACUUCAGUGUGCCCACUAUAAACUGAACAACCUGUACGAGGCCCCAAAAGCAGCACUGAUUGAUGCAAACAGCCAAGCGGACCGCAAUGAGGCGGAAGUGAAGAAACUGAAAGUUCAAGUGGAAGAACUGAAGCAAGAGCUGACCCAGAAGGAAGAAGAGCUUGAUGAUUCCCUGAAUCAGAUCCAUGAGCUCCAGAGAUCUCUGGAUGAACAGAAAGAAAUAAAUGAAAACUUGGAGCUUGAACUCAGACACUUACAAAGCCGGUAA